AUGUCCUCAUCUUCGUCCUCCUCUCUCCCCGUGCCAGCGGACUGGCUGCUCCCUCUGAUGCCCUGCCCUCUGUGUGGCGACGAGGUUGUCACCGCCGUCGCUAGGACCGGCAACAACGCCGGUCAUCGUUUCUACAAGUGCAUCCGCUACGAUGUAAGUUGUAUUUCUGAUUCAGAAAGUUCCGACCCUGCAUCUAGUUGCCACAGCUUGUCAUCACAGGUCCUCGGACUAAUGCAUUCCAGUAUGUGUUUCAUAUUUUGUCAGGCUCGUCAGUGUCGUUUCUUCGAGUUCCAGCGCACAUAUUGCAGGAGGAUGACUCAGGACCAGAUUGUUGCUGCGCGGCAUCAAGCCGGAUGGCACCCGGCUGGGCAUGGAUUCGCAGUUCAUCAUGGCAACCCGCCUGUCCAGAUGGUUCCAGCUGUCAUACAACCCCAGGCGCAACAGCACGCCCAGCCGCAUCUUCCGCCGCAGAUCCAGGCUGCGAUGCACCAGUCGCCGCAGGCGGUCAACAAUAUGUUUGCUGAAGCCAUCAUGCCAGCUGCGUCGGCCGGGGCAGCAUCUGGUGCACAAGGACUGGCCGCAGUUGUCAUGCUCAUGGCUACUGUCAACAUCUUGCUCACCGUUGCCGUCCUGAUGGUCGUGCUUGCUAUGUACUUUGCUUAA